AUGUUCUCCUCUUCCUUUUUAGUGACUCCACCUCCUACAUCUGCCGCUCCACCCCCAGAGGAGCCCUUUGAUAAUUCCAAAUAUCAGAACCAACAGCACCACUCAUACACCCCACUUACCUUUGUGAAUUAUGACGUAGACCUCGCCAAGUACCGCCUCCCUCAGCCUUCAUCUGGGAGACCCUCCCCCCAACAUUGA